CAAGCCGGUGAUGGAAGUGGCCAUAGUUGACGCGGGCCUUGCGCUUGCCGCAGGCCUACAUUCUCGAGGAAUCCAAGCUCACGUGUUCGAGAAAUCCCCAAACCUCAUCGUGGACACCGCCACGGCCACCAGCCUCGGUCCCAAUGCCAGCCGCGCCUUGGAUGGCAUCAGUGUCGGCCUCUCGGCGGCGAUCAAAUCGGUCGCGAGCAUCACCAAAACAACCAAGGUCACAUUCUGUGGAUCGCGCAAUGGCGACGAGACCUUUGUGACGAGGUAUGAUGGUGUCCGGGACGACGAGUUCUACGUCGUGAAAUGGCGCAGCGCCAGAUCCAUCCUCGCCUCGCGAGUCCCAGCUCUGUACAUCCACUGCUCCCACGCGCUCCUCGACUACUGCCUGGAAGAUCAAUCCGUGGCGCUGCGAUUCCAGUGUGGCGGUGAGGUCGCGAUAUUCCGCGCCAAGUUCGUGGUGGGCGCCGAUGGAAUCAACUCGGCGGUGAGGCGAGCGAUGUAUCCCGCCGAUCGCCCGCGGGAUCUCCAUCUCAUCAACUGGAACGCGCUCGUCCACAAUCCUGGGAGAUUUUCGGUGCACGAUCGCGACCAGAUCGCAAGCAUCCGAAAGGGCCCAUCAGUGUCCUUCCUCGUCGACGCCGGCGAGGAUUACACGCUGUGGGUGCUUAGAGUUGAGGAUCGCAGCACCGCGAAGGGAUCCAGCGAUGGAUUUUGCGAUGAAUCCGGCAAGGCGAGGGUGCUGCAGGAGAUUGACAAGCUUCUGGGCUCGUCUCCCGCGUGGGAGCCGCUCAAAGUCGCGGUGGAAGCAACCGAGGCGGGGCAGAUAUUCCAGAGGAGAAUCAAGGACCGAAUUCCACUCGAGAGCUGGAGCGAUCUCGAUCACAGGGUGGUGCUCAUGGGCGAUGCUGCGCAUGCGAUGCAUUGGGGCCCUGGCCAAGGAGCAAGAACAGCCUUCGAAGACGCUCAUCAGCUCUGUGAGCUUCUCUCGCCCGCCCUCGCGGCUGGAAGUCCUGAAGAUCUCAAGCGAGCAGUGAUCAGGUAUGAAGAGCUUCGAAUCCCUCGCAUGACAAGGAUCCAAAACUUCGCAGCAGAGACAACUUCCAUAGCCGACUUUAUGCCGGCUUGGGUGACGGAGUUGACGCCCGGGGAUCUGUGGGGCCGGUGGAAGGAAUUUCAACAAUGGGCCGCUAGUUACCCGCUAAACAUUACUGGCGAUCCAGAUUCAACAUACUUCAAGUAAAAUGCGGAUUAUUCUAACGAGCAAUAUUUUUCUUACCUGGGUAUUAACUAGAAACAUCGACAACGGUGGGAUUCGGACCCACGACCUUCAGAUCCGAAGUCUUACGCGCUAAUCCACUGCGCUACGCGGCCUCAACAAUUUCUCGAAAUGUAUAAAAAAAAUAUAAAACUAUUCUCGUAUCAA